AUGGAUGGCUUCACCGCCUUCGUCUCUUGGCCGUCUGCUCCCCUCACCAACCGCCUCGUUCUCGAUGCACUCAGGCCUCUAACACCUACCCCCACUGUCUGGGAUUUCCUGUCCAAGGAUACUGUCUCCUCGCCCGUCCGACUACUCCAAUGGGCAACAUACGAUGCGCUCGAUCACGAUCUAACCUGCUCUCACGACCCCGCUUCUAGAGUCCUCUCGUCGUCCUAUGUUAUCCGGAAAGCUCUGAUACGGAAACACUACCUCUCACGAUGUAUCCACAACUACCUGACCAAGCACCCGGAUUCUGUCCUGACCCGAAGUGUGCCCAGGACCUGGGAGCUUGAGCUCAGCUUCGCCGACGAGCUCGACGAGCUAUGGAGCGACGACCUCUAUGACUUGUCCGAGCAGGUCGAGAAGGGUGACCCGUCGAAGUGGUGGAUACUGAAGCCAGGGAUGGCUGACCGGGGCAUGGGCCUGCGCCUCUUCCACACGAAAGAAGACCUCGAAGCGAUCUUCCAGGAGUUCGAGCAGGCCGACUCGGAUGAAGAUGAUGAAGAGGGACGCGGCGAAGAAGGACAUGAUACAGCUGUUGUCACCUCACAACUGCGCCAUUUCGUGAUCCAGGAAUAUAUAUCAAAUCCCCUCCUCCUCGAUCCUGCUGAAGCCCCACUGGACGAUGCGCUCAAACCUGCUAGAAGUGAUCUUCGCGGCCAUAAAUUCCACCUCCGCGUAUACUGCGUCGCAUCUGGAGCCAUCAAAGUCUACGUCUACGAGCGCAUCUUGGCCUUAUUCUCUGCCGUCCCGUAUGUACCACCCAAGUCGGUAGACGGCGAGCAGGGCACUCCUAGCAUCGAUCUCGCCCCUCACCUCACGAAUACCUCGUUGCAGACAGAGCGCGGAGAGGCAGGCGUCCGUCUGCUCGACGAGCUCGUUGGAUGUCAUAUACUCUCUGGAGGCUCGAGCGCUGCGCCCCCAAGACAGCCGCAACGACCUCCUCGCGCCACGGGACAAGCUCUCGAUCCGGAGGCUAUAAACGCGGCGAGGAAGUCCCAUGCACGGCAUGCCACGCUCACGAAGGAGGACGUCGAAGACUUGAAGGGACAGAUCAGCAAUGUCCUUGCAGAGACGUUCAAGGCAGCCAUCGAGAUGAGCGUCCACUUCCAGUGCCAGCCGCUACCGAACGCAUUCGAGCUAUUUGGUGUGGAUUUUGUCGUAGCCCACGACUCGUCGCCGGGGGCCCUCCGGAAGUUCCAAGUGAAGCUGCUGGAGGUUAACUCAGAACCUGCGAUCGAGCUGACAGGGCCGCGCCUCACCUGGGUCCUGGAAGACUUGUUCAAAGGUAUCGCCAAGACGUGUGUCGAGCCCUACUUCAGCGCCGAGGGCUCGCCGGCGCAUGCGGUGACGGAUGCUUGGAAAGUAGGAGAGACGAAGCAGGAAUUACGGAUGUGCCUCGAUCAACAGAUACGCAGCGCAUGUCGGAGCGCGUUCGUACAAGACUGCCAAAUGGGGCGGUUCGGCAAAAGCCUAAACACGGCUUCAGCGACGUCCAAAAUGUCUACGAACACGUCCAACAUCCUCUUUGACGACAUCUUCUCGAUCAAUGACAUAGACAAGGAGGGCAAGAAAUUUGACCGAGUCUCGCGUCUGUACGCACACUCAAAAAACUAUGACAUGGACCUGACGCUCGACUACAACACCGAGCUCUUUCCUAUCCAAAGUGGCCAGUCCAUCGCGCUUGCGCUCGCGUCUUCGUUGUCGCGGAACCCACAAGGCGCGGCGGGUACGACGGAAGAUGAGGAUAAGGACCGGGACGUGUGGAGGCCAGAUGCAAAGGGGAGGAGAGGGCUGGACGACGACUAUGAGUACGUGAUGUACGGAAAGGUGUACAGGUUCGACAGUGGCUCAGGAGAAGUAGUGACGGCAUACGCGUCCUUCGGCGGGCUGCUCAUGUCUCUGACAGGAUCGUUCAGGCAUUUGACGAGCAUCGUUCUCGGAGAUCCUGUAUUCAUACUCCUGCGUCGAUGA